AUGGAAGCAGGUUUAAAAUACUUCCGAAUAACGUGGUAUGAUCUACCGGGGUUUUGGAAAAGAAGGUCUGAUGCCGUGUACAGUGGAUUUAAAGGAUGCAACUACAGCAACUGCAAACUGUCUUUUGAUAAUAAUGAUGCAAAAGACAGUGAUGCUGUUAUUUUUCAAGCUGGUUUUAAAUUUCCGCUGAAACUGCAUUUUAAGCGACCAAAUGGUCAAAUCUGGAUAUUUUUUGAGCUUGAACCACCAAGCAGAUAUAAAAAAUCACGUUAUCGUUCGGUUCCAAAAAAAACAUUUAACUGGACAAUGACGUAUGACAAAAGUGUUUCUGAUAUACAUUUACCAUACGGUGAAAUAACCAAAAGAUCAUAUAAUGAAAACAACAGUAAUGAUGUAAUCAUGCGGAGUAAAAACAAAACAGCUCUAAUGGUAACGUCUCAUUGCAAUACUCAGGCCGAUAGACUAAAGUAUGUAAAUAAACUGAGACAGAUUAUUGACGUUGACAUUCUUGGAGCAUGUGGUACUACAUGGUCCUGUGGAAGGAGAUCUUUUCACAACGAGUGUUUUGAAAUUUUAAAUCAAUACAAAUUUUUCUUAGCGUUCGAAAAUUCGUUCUGUAAUAGCUAUUUCACAGAAAAAGUUUUUGACAACUUUGAUUAUGAUGUAAUCUUGGUAACACGAGGAGGAAACAAGCACCAGAUAAAACAAAUACUCCCAGAGGGAACAUAUUUAUCAACAGAUGACUUUAAAAACGCGCAAGAGCUUGGGUUAUAUUUGAAAUUAAUGAAGGAUGAGUCUUAUUUAAACAUUUUAUCAAGAAAACAAAAGUUUACCUCAUCUGGAAGUUAUAAAUCAGUUUUUCACAAAGCUAUGUGUGAAUUAUGUAGAAGAAUGAAUAAUGCACAAAUGUUUAGAAAAACAAUUACAGAUAUUGACAAAUGGGCAUUUCCCUCCAAUCCAUGUAGAUCUCCAGAUGACUUGGAAUGA